AUGAAGAUUAUUAAAAUUUUGGCGCCAUUUUUGGCAAUUCUCAUCCUCAAUUUGACCUGCAGCACAAAUUUGAUCAUCAAAACUUUACAAGAUGACAAAAGGUUGUCAAAUUACAUCUGCAAAAUCACCAAAGACAUCACAAAAGCUAAAAGUGACACUCAGGAUGUUCUCAUUGGAAAUUUAGGCGGUAACAUGUGGUCAUCAACUAUCAAUUACAUUGCUGGAUGUGUUGGAAGUGACACUGCUGUGGUUUUAAGCGGCUUUAAAGACGUUUUGACUGAAAAGACUUUGAGGAAGGCAUCCGUCAUUAUAUUGGCAUUAGGAUGA